AUGGUGCAAAGACUUAGUCUUAUGGCUACAAUUGCCGAUGAUGACUUUCCGUUGUUCAAAACUUCAAUAAAUAUACUGACAGGUUCACCUGCAGUGGUAUAUGCCAAUCUUAUGGUGGUAUGGAAGCCCAAUCCUAACUAUGAGGUCGAUAAUCUUAAUUCGAAGAAUGAAUUAGUGGAGCCUACAAGGAUGACAACCGCAACAAGCAUACCCUUGGAAUUGAUCUUGAAUGAUCCUGUAUCAAAAAAUAACGGUGUGGAUUCUGAUGAAAUACUAAACACCAUGAAGGAACAAGAAUUCCCAAUAAAACAAGAACAACUAUUUGAUAUGAUCAACAAUCCUUCAAAUAAUACGAUAAAUUGGACCCUUACCACUGCUGAUAUACCCGCCGCUGGGAGCAAUAGAAAGGUUAGUAUGCAGGCUAUCCAGGAGGCAACUAUCGUACAUCAAGCUGGUAAUAACCCUACACUCGCUAAUGUUAUGGCUGAGUUGGGGUAUAGCUUUGAUUACAUGUAUGUUACUGUUGGUGUUAGAUUUGUGCAUAAACGUGAUGUGAUAAUUCAUUGCCAUAAAGUAUGGGAUAUCGCGGAGGACAACAUAAUACAAGUAACAAAAGGAGGUUACGUGGUACAUACAUUUGUUACAGUAAAUAGGGCUACCGAUAUUGAAAGACUGAACUUAGCAGAAGCAAACCUUCUUUCCCUACAAAGAGAUUUAUCUGGUUAUCUAGAUUUUAAAGUUCCAGACAGAAAAUCUAUGGAUAGCAGAACAAAUUUGACACAAAAAGAUAUCACCUUAUAG